CGCGGGUCUCAUUGCCGUCUGCUCUUUCAGGAUGACGACUUCAGGCGCUCUGUUCCCAAGCCUGGUGCCCGGCUCUCGCGGGUCCUCCAACAAGUAUUUGGUGGAGUUUCGGGCAGGAAAAAUGUCACUGAAAGGAACUACCGUCACUCCAGAUAAGCGGAAAGGGCUCGUGUACAUUCAGCAGACGGAUGACUCCCUCAUCCACUUCUGCUGGAAAGACAGGACGUCUGGGAACGUGGAAGACGACCUGAUCAUCUUCCCCGAUGACUGCGAGUUCAAGCGGGUGCCCCAGUGCCCCAGCGGGCGGGUCUACGUGCUCAAGUUUAAGGCGGGGUCCAAGCGGCUCUUCUUCUGGAUGCAGGAGCCCAAGACUGACCAGGAUGAGGAGCACUGCCGGAAGGUCAAUGAGUAUCUGAACAACCCCCCGAUGCCCGGGGCGCUGGGGGCCAGCGGAAGUGGUGGCCACGAGCUCUCUGCGCUAGGUGGCGAGGGCGGCCUGCAGAGCCUGCUGGGGAACAUGAGUCACAGCCAGCUCAUGCAGCUCAUCGGACCGGCCGGCCUCGGAGGACUGGGUGGGCUGGGGGCCCUGACUGGGCCGGGCCUGGCCAGCCUACUGGGGAGCGGAGGGCCUCCAGCAAGCAGCUCCUCCUCCAGCUCCCGGAGCCAGUCUGCAGCGGUCACCCCAUCCUCCACCACCUCUUCCGCCCGCGCCACCCCAGCCCCUUCUGCUCCAGCAGCUGCCUCAGCAACUAGUCCAAGCCCCGCGCCCAGCUCAGGUAACGGAGCCAGCACUGCAGCCAGCCCCGCCCAGCCCAUCCAACUGAGCGACCUCCAGAGCAUUCUAGCCACCAUGAACGUGCCGGCCGGGCCAGGAGGUGGCCAGCAAGUGGACCUGGCCAGUGUGCUGACCCCAGAGAUCAUGGCUCCCAUCCUCGCCAACGCCGACGUCCAGGAGCGCCUGCUGCCCUACCUGCCCUCCGGGGAGUCGUUGCCGCAGACCGCGGACGAGAUCCAGAACACGCUGACCUCGCCCCAGUUCCAGCAGGCCCUGGGCAUGUUCAGUGCGGCCUUGGCCUCAGGGCAGCUGGGCCCCCUCAUGUGCCAGUUCGGCCUGCCCGCGGAGGCCGUGGAGGCUGCCAACAAGGGCGACGUGGAAGCGUUUGCCAAAGCCAUGCAGAACAGCGCCAAGUCCGAGCAGAAAGAGGGCGACACAAAGGACAAGAAGGACGAAGAGGAGGACAUGAGCUUGGAUUAAGUUAUUUGCUGUUGUCCUCCUGGGAGCUGCGUUCUUAGUCCUGUGACUUCAGUAGUGCGUUUGUGGUUUGUUGCACACCCUCUCCUCUGUUCCGACUUACUAAUAAAGUCUUUCUUUUAUC